UUGUCAACUACUCCUCGAACGACAAUGAAGACUUUUAUAACUAUUUUAGUAUUCGUAACAGUUGCAAACUGUUCUUCGUUGCCCGCGAAGAACAUUAAUAGAAAUCACGAAGUCGAUGACUUAGGAAUUAGCGAAUAUUUGGAUAUCCACAAAAACAACUACCAUUCUACCGAAGAAAAUGAAGAAACCGGAAGAAGUUUGGAACACACAGUUUCUCAUUUCCUAAAAUCCUAUGACGCCGAUUUCAACCUCCCAUUCCUCGGAAAACUCACUUUCGAAGGAAGAGACUUAGACCAUGACGAGUUAAACUUAAAAUUGAAGAUGCACGAUAACGAAGUUGAAGAACGAGGCAAGAAACACAAACUCAAGAAAAUCUUUGUCCCUAUCUUCAUUAUUGUACUCCUUAAAGUCAUCACAUUGAUUCCUUUAGCUUUGGGAGUAUUAGGUUUGAAGACAUGGAACGCCCUUCAACUUUCGUUUGUUACAUUCGUUAUUUCUAUUUCGUUGGCUGUUUAUCAACUUUGUAAGAAAUUAGCUGCAGAUGCUCAUCCUCCCAUUGCUACCCAUGGACCAUGGGAAGUUCAUCGUAAGAGGUCAAUUGGAGAUGAAGCUCAACAAAUGGCUUAUUCGGCUUACACUCAAUGA